AGACGCCAGGGAGGGAGUUUUCCACUGACGAAAAAAGGCUGCGCUUCUCGGCAGUCUGCUCCAGACAAGGGAAGCGCUUCAGCUGGUACGGAGCCUCCGUAUACAGCGCGGACACACACACACUCUCACACACACUCACACACACACACACAGAGACAAUAGCAAAGCCGAGAGCUGUGGAGUCUGUAUGCGGGGUUCAAGCAAAGCAAAGCGCCGCUAUUUAUUCGUGCCAUUUUGGAUUACUUGGCUGUAAAAACCAGGCGAGAUUUCGUCACCGAUGGUGAUCGGAUACGCGACUUGGUGAUUGUUCGCUGCUAACGCAAUGAGUGGGCUUCUCAAGAGGAAGUUUGAGGAGGUGGAUGAGGACCCCUGCUACUCCUCGCCCUCCUCCCUCUCCUCGGCCUGCUCCGGCUGGGACUCGGAGGGGGAGAGCUGCUACUCCGACACCCUCGAUUCCACUCCGAGCAACCCCAGUUCCCCAGCAACACAUUUCAACACGACGUCCAUCCUGAAGAAAUCCAAGAGAGCGCGACGGAGCAAUGUGACCUUCGACCAGGUGACGGUGUUCUCCUUCCCUCGGUGCCAGGGCUUCACCAGCGUUCCCAGUCGAGGAGGAUGCACUCUGGGUAUGAUGCAGCGCCACAGCGUGCUCCAGACGUACACGCUCGCCGAGUUCGCCGUGGAGCAGCGGCUCCUGCGGCGGGAAAAGUUCCUCAACAGACUCAGAGAGGAGAAGCUGGAGGCUCUGAAACUGAAGCUGACCAAGAAUGGAACUCAAGAGAAUGAGGAGGCCGAGCGGCUAACUGUGGACGACAUCCCGGAGCACGAGAUCGACAUCGCCGGGACCAACCUGGAAGAGGGCUCGUUCCUCCAGCCUUACCCGCCCAAACGCCGCUACGCUCUACUCAAGGCCGCCGGUGUGAAGAAGAUCGACAAGGAGGAGAAGAGGCAGCUGCACGACCUGAGGAUCUCCAGGGAGAACUGCGGCUGCGACUGUCAGGGCUUCUGCGAGCCCGAGACGUGCGGCUGCAGCCUGGCUGGCAUCAAAUGUCAGAUGGAUCAUUCCUCGUUCCCAUGCGGCUGCACCAAGGAUGGCUGCGGUAACAUCGAGGGCCGCAUCGAGUUUAACUCCACCCGGGUGCAGACGCAUUACAUCCACACCAUCAUGAAGCUGGAGCUGGAGAAGAGGCUGGAGGAGCAGUCCAGCACCGAGGAGGAAGAGGACGAGAACUCCACGCGGGGCACCACCUUACCCGCAGUGCCCUCUUUCCCCUUCAGCUCGGAGCAGGCGGCGGCCGGGGAGAACAGCUGCAGCAGCAGCGACAUGACAGACUCGGACUCGUCGGGCCACAGCGAGUACUCUGAAGGAGGCGAGGGCCUGUGCGGUGAGAAUCGCACCCAGCUGGACGUCGACGAGAAGGGCUUGAGUCGCAUUCUCAGCUUCAGCGAGAACUGCUCGAGAAGCAGCCGGGACAGCGGGGAACGCAAAGACAUUUUCUGCCAAGAUCAACGGCAAGACCAGCAGCAGUCGCACACCGAGGCUUUCAGAAGCUUCAGCAUGGUGGAUUUCGCCGACGAGAAUGACAACAUAGACGCUGCUUUGUUGGACGAUCACACAGACAAUCGAGCGAUGGCCAUCUCAGAACUUUUAGACGAGAACGCCAACCAAGGAAACGCACUAUUUCAUAGCAGCAGCGUACCGCGCACGCCAUCACCCACCGUGGACCGCUCGGCGAGCUACAACAUGGACCUCAGCCUCUCGUCGGAGUCCGACCUGGAGUUCUUCGACGGGUUUCCCUGCUUGGGACCGAGCUCGCUCUACAACUCCCUGAAGGAGUACGAACACAUGGACAACUUUUUCCACUUCCAGUUGCCUAGCUACCCCAGUCUCCCUCCGGUGAGCGACCCGGGGACGUGCCUCCUGGAGUCGCUCAUCGGCCUUUCGGAAUCUGUCCCGGAACCCCCCGCCACAUUUACGGACAAUCAGCUGUUGGAGGAAGCCAUGAAACUAUCCGUGAUGGAGUCUGUGAAAGUUUGACACAAAAAUGUACGGACAGUGCACAAAAAACAAAAAUGGAGGUUUUCUCUGUGAGGGGACUGAACAUGCACAUAAGAAGAUGUUUUGAGGAAGCUGUGAUUUCCCCUCUUGCCUAAAUAAAUGUUCAAAUUCCAGACUUGCCUUCAAAAUGUUAGCAAAGCAGUGUGAGGAUUAUUGCUGUGUGAGAUGGCAGCUAGUGUUAAAAGAUUUUUAAAAGAGAGAUCAAUUCGACCCGGCCCGGAGAAAACCAAUGAAGGCUCUCGAUUCCUAAGAAAGCUCUUUUAACCAAACGGAGACCACCAACCUUUGUGCUUAAAAAAAAUAGAAAGGCAUCUUUUAACCAGAAUAACCAGGGGGCCAGGUUGGGAAUCUCAACACAGCUGAAUGUGCACCUCAGGGAUUUUUUCUAGCUUUCUAGCUUUUGGAGGCAAUGUAUGGUGACCAUUGCUGUGAUGGCCUUUAUAUGAAAUGAAAAACUCACUUUGUGUUUCCUCGAGUAGGCCGGGUCGUCCCUGUGUUGAACCCUGAAGCUAGCAGACUCUCUCCUCAAGAUCCCUCCCAAGGGUCUUAAGUUUAUGGUACAAAAAAGAAAAUCCCUCUUAAAAAACAAAAAGCUCCUCGAUCAGCACUUUAUCUGUGAAAAUAGUAUGAAAAGGCAUUGUUUUGGUUUUAUGGGAUCGAAUCAGCAGAUCAACGCUAACAGAUGGAGUUCUUUAUUUAUGGAAGGGUAACAGGAAGUAACGCUCGCAUCAUUCAGAAGCUGUAGCUGUGUUGUCUUUAUUACUCUUGUUUUAAAUUAUUUUCCUUCAUGAUUUUAUUCUAUUUAUUUCAGAUAAAGUUUCACUCAAGACGCACUGUGGUUUGAUAUUUUUUAACCUGAAAGUGCAAUCUUUCUUUUCCCUUUUUUUUUUUCCAUAUCACAUUUAGGCGGGAAAUGGGGACCACGAGUCCGUCAGAAAGUAUUUAAUAUCUAUACUCUUACACAUUAACUUUUUAUUUACUUUUGAUGUAAUUUAAUUAUGAUGUCAUCAUUUCAUUUUAGUUAUUUAAUUUUUGAGACGUUUGGCAAUAAAAGUAAAAAUGGCUUGUUGUGGAGCGAACUGGCCGUGCCUGCUUACUGGACGAGCCACGCCUGCCUUUCUCCCGACGGCGUGCGCACAGUGCUUCCAUUUAAGCUUUUUUGGGGACUGAAAACUGUGGAUCUCCCGAAUCACUGAGACGAGAAAAACGAUGGCUCUAUUGUAAUGCUGCCUAUAAUGUAAGCAUAGAAAAUGACACUAAUAUUUUGUAACUAAUUUAUGUAGGUGGACGAAAGAAUUCUAAUCACUGACAAAUUGAAUAUUUUAUUAUUAAGAAAGCAAAAAAUAAAAACGAGUAAUUUUCCACCCUGGGGGGGAAACCUUUGUGAUAUAUGAAUUAUAGAGAAAUGUCUACGUAUGAAGGGUUUCACUCUCCAGCAUUCAGAGGUAUUUUUCAUAGGCAGCCUUACGCUUUGAUAUCUUCACAAAAAUGCCACUUGGAAAAAAAAAAAAAACGAGUAAAUUGCAAAGAUCAAUUUGAUUGUAUUCAGUCUGUGACUCGGGUUACGCUAUGUUAGAAAUGACACGUGAAGGGGUUUUCUUUUGGUGGAUAAAAACUGCAUAUAUUAUACACUUUUUAUCGCACGCUGAAGCCCUGAAAGUUGGACGAGUUUCCUCGUUUUAUGACAGAACCUGAUCAGAGGUGAUGAGCAGCUGAGGACAGUCGAUGUACAUAUCUCACCCCCCCUCUUUCUGCAGCUGUGUCAGCAGCCUAUCUGGACCCUUUAGGAAUUAUGCAUGCAGGUCCUGUUUGUUAAAACUUGUUCUGAUUAAUUGUAUACUUUGAAAAGUGCAGCGUGCACAUCGGAAAAAUGUAUUAUUCGCUUUUUUUUCUUUUUUUGCCUUUUUUUUUUCUUCUUCAGAUUACUUUUGAAAUCCAUCCAAGAGGGCACUGAUUCUUUUUGCAAGCAAAACGUUCAUUUCUCUUGUACAAAACAUCAAUUCUCAUGAAGAAAUGGCAUCAGUGAGUGUUUCUCGAUGUAAUGUAUUUAACAGUACAGCUUCUUUCUUUUUUUCUUCUUUUUUUAAGUUUAUUUUCAAAGAACGUGUCUUACUUUUUUUUUUUUUGCCUUUUGUGUUGUACAUAUUUCUGCUUGAAUGGUCCUGCAGAGCAAACAAAGCUGCUUUAUUUUUUACAUAUUCACACUUUAACCCGCUGUUCAAAGACAGUUUCUUUCAUCUAAGCCAUUUUGACAGCCUGUCCCUCCAAAUAAUAAUAAAAAAAAAACAUUUUCUAAA